AUGUCGGUGCCACCGUUGGCCGGCACCCAGCCAUUUGCACCGUCGCUGGUGUCACACUUUAACAUUCCCCCGCCGGGUUUCGGUGCUCCCGGUGGGGGUGCAGGUGGUCCGGUGGCUCCCGUAGCUACCGCAGUGGCCCUUGCUGCUGCGGCUGCUGCUGCAGCGGCGAAUGGCACGAUCGUAGAUCCUGCCGCCUCUGCCGUGGCACCUGGCGCACCGCUGGCGACGGGCAUCGUGAACGAAUGGUCGGAACACAAGACACCAGAGGGCCGCACGUACUAUUACAACAGUAUCACCAAGCAGAGUUUGUGGGAGAAACCGGACGAGCUGAAAACACCGGCCGAAAAGCAACUGAGCCAAUGUCCAUGGAAGGAGUACCGGUCGGAUUCGGGCAAGCUGUACUAUCACAACACGGUCACGAAGGAAUCACAAUGGGUAGCACCGCCGGAAUAUCUGGAGCUGAAAGAGAAGGUCGCUGCAGAACAAGCAGCGGCCGAGGCAGCUAAAGCUGCCGCUCUGAAAACAUCCGCCAUGGCAAGCAGCAUGCUGAUGCAGUCCGUGGUGCUGCCCGUCGUUUCACCGGCCCUGGCCGGUGCACCGGCGGCAGCCACAUCGAGCACCGUACCAGCCACCGUAAGCGAGGUGCCACUUGGGCUGAGCUCACUCUCAGGUGUAACGCCCGGGUCGGCCGAAAAUUCGUCGUCCGCGCUGGAUCAAGCGAUGGCAGCGACCCUGGCCGCCAUUGAAGUACCGGACGAUCCGAUUGACAAACGUGAUGAUGAAUCACAGCCGGGCCAAACGGACGAGGAGCCGGCGAUGGAGUUCAAGGACAAAAAGGAAGCGAUCGAAGCGUUCAAGGAGUUCCUGAAGGAGAAAAAUAUUCCCUCCAGCUCAUCCUGGGAGCAGUGCGUGAAAAUCAUUCAGAAGGAUCCGAAGUUUAACGUGUUCAAGAAGCUUAGUGAGAAAAAGCAAGCGUUCAAUGCAUACAAAACACAGAAGCUAAAAGACGAACGCGAGGAGCAGCGACUGAAGGCGAAAAAGUCGAAGGAAGAACUGGAGAAGUUCCUCAUGUCCUCGGACAAGAUGAACUCCACGCUCAAGUUUUACCGGUGCGACGAGCUGUUUGCCAACCUGGACGUGUGGAAGUCGGUGCCGGAACAGGACCGGCGCGAUAUCUACGAAGAUUGCAUUUUUAACCUGGCCAAGCGGGAAAAGGAGGAAGCGCGCGUGAUGAAGAAGCGCAACAUGCGCGUGCUGGGCGAACUGCUCGAAGCGAUGACCUCCGUCACGUACCAGACGACAUGGUCGGAGGCGCAGGUCAUGCUGCUGGACAAUGCGUCCUUCAAGAACGACGUCAACCUGCUCGGUAUGGACAAGGAGGAUGCACUGAUCGUGUUCGAGGAACACAUCCGCGGCCUGGAGCGUGAGGAGGACGAAGAGAAGGAGCGCGAAAAGAAGCGCCUCAAGCGUCAGCAGCGCAAAAACCGCGAUCAGUUCCUUGCCCUGCUGGACACACUGCACGAAGAGGGUAAGCUGACGUCGAUGUCACUCUGGGUGGAACUCUAUCCGCUUAUAUCGGCCGAUUUGCGCUUCUCGGCCAUGCUCGGUCAGCCCGGUUCGACGCCGCUGGAUUUGUUUAAGUUCUACGUAGAAAAUCUGAAAGCACGGUUCCACGACGAAAAGAAGAUCAUAAAGGAGAUUCUUAAGGAGAAGGAAUUUAUUGUCGUGCGGAUUACAACGUUCGAAGACUUCGCAACGGUAGUGUGCGAGGAUAAGCGUUCGGCAACGCUCGACGCCGGUAACGUGAAGCUGACAUACAAUUCGCUGCUCGAGAAAGCGGUGGCUGCGGAGAAGGAACGGCUGAAGGAGGAGACACGCCGCAUCCGGAAGAUGGAGAACGAGCUGAAGGGUGUGUGGCUAGAGGCCGGUCUGACCGCGGUGGACAGUUGGGACACGGCACAGAAGCUCGUGAUCGAUCGCGAGGUGUACGAGCUGUACGAGAAGGAGGAUAGGGUCGAGCGGCUGUGGGAGGACUAUAUCAAAGAGGCGGAGGAUUCUUGUAGCCAUCACCAUUCGCGAUCGAAAAAGUCGAAAAAGAGCCGAAAGCACAAGAAAAAAUCCCGGUCCUCGUCCAAAUCGCUGUCGGAAGCGUCGGAUAUUGAGUAUGAAAAACCAUCCUCUAAGAAGAAGCGUAGAUCCCGCUCACGAACUCCACUUACGGCGAGCGAUCUGUCGGAGAGUGAGCACGAACUGCACGACGAACCGAUGCACCAUCAUAACGACCAUCACGGUAGCGACCGGUUAGAUCGUAAGCGGAAAAAGAAGAAAAAGCACCAUCGUAAACCGUCCCGUUCGCCCUCCUACGAAGAAGUGCUUGUGAUGGAGAAGAAUGGCGGUGGUGGUGGUGGUGCGUCACGUUCGCGGACACCCUCACCGGAGAUAGAGAAGAAAAAGAAAAAGAAGGACAAAAAGAAAAAGGACAAACGCCGAACGUCCCGAUCGAUUAGCCGGGCCAGCAGCGGUGGCCGGAUUCGCAGCCCGCUGGACGAGGGUCAUCGGAGCCGGGGCGGCAGCAGAUCGUCCAAAAUGGCGGACGAUGCGGCACUGAGUGAGUCGGAACUGGAAUCGCAACGGGCCGCGCUGUUGGCGCAAUUAAACGAACAGAUGGACGAGUAG